AUGGUAACCUGCAGAAAGAACUUCAAGCAUCUAGUAGCAGGUACAUCUUUGCAAAGGAAGGAUGCAUCCUUUCCCGACAAGCGUUCACGGAAAUACCUAUUACCUGGCUUCAAGCAUGUAUUUCUCAUUCGGAAUCCUGUAGCAGUGUUCACAUCCUACAGGAAAUGUGCCUACCAACAACUGACGAGGGUCGGUAUCAGAACAUGCGAUUCCGAAGACGAUGACGAGUUCGACAUUGAAUACGACAACCCUGUCAUAAACCCGAGCCGAUUCUUCACGGAUAUAGUAGAAAUGUUUCACUACGUCCGUGAUAAUUUGGAUCCUGAUCCGAUCGUCAUCAACACUGACGAUCUGUUGGCCAACCCCACUGAGGUGCUGAAGAAGUUCUGUCACCUGACCCGUCUUCCGUACAGUGAUUCCCUUCUUCAGUGGGAUGCCUCUAAAGAUAUCAUCAACAACUGGAAGACAGCGAACGAUGAAUACAUCAAGACCAGUGCCUUCUACGAAGCAGCAGUCGCAUCUGACAGGUUUCUGCCGCCAAAAACAGCAAUUCCCUUUGAAAAGUUAACACCAGAUACCAGAAGACUAGCAAACCAGUCUAUGCCAUACUUUGAAGUAAUAAAUCAAUAUAAAAUAUAA